AUGAAGUGUAAUGUUUUCUUGACUCUGAUCUUUAUCUUAUCAUUAUUCGUGGUCCAUGCUGAUCCAAUAAAUCAAAAUCCUGUUCAUACUUGUCAAUGUGAAUGUUUAAACUGGUCAGAAUAUAGUACACCAUCCGAACCACUGCCUGAUUGUAGUAUGUGUAAUGUAGCAGCAUGUCGAAAAAUGGGUGGAAGUUGUGCGCAUGGAGCUAUUAUCAAAAUUAGCUGUAAUUAG